AUGAAUGCCAAAGUGGGAAGCGACAACAAGCACUACGAAAGAAUCAUAGGGAGACAUGGGCUCGGGGUGAGGAACGACAAUGGUGAAAGGCUGUGUGAAAUGUGCGACCUCAACGAAUUAGUUAUUACAGGAACCUUAUUCCCACAUAAAAACAUCCACAAAGAAACAUGGAUCUCACCAAAUGGAACCACCAGGAAUCAGAUAGAUCAUGUGUCAGUCAACAGGCGUUUUAGGAAUUCAGUUAAGGAUACUAGAGUAUUCAGAUCGGCAGACAUCGGGAGGGAUCAUCUGCUUGUGUGCACAACAGUCAAAUUGAGGCUAAGGAAGCAGUGUAAAGAGAAAAGGUGUGAGAGGGUAAAGUACGACAUAGAGAAGUUGAAGGAUGCGGAUACAGAUAGUACAGCGGUAUUGGACAAGAACGGCAACCUCAUUAGUGGCAAAGCAGAGGCGUUAUCAAGAUGGACAGAACACUGGAAACCACAGGAUCCCAUUACAGAAGAUGAUGAAGUAGAAUUAGAUGAUAUAUUUGAAGAAAUUUCAGUCGACAUGCCAUCAAUAGAAGAAGUGCAGAGGGCUAUCAAGAAGUUGAGGAAUGGAGAGUCACCAGGAAUAGAUUCAAUCACGGCAGAGUUGAUAAAGGCAGAUACAAACUUUUCAAGUACAAAAAUCCAUGAGCUAAUGGAAGCAAUAUGGAGAGAAGAACAAAUUCCAGAUAGCUGGAAGAAAGGGCUCAUCAUGAAGUUACCAAUAAAGGGAAACCUAAAGGAAUGCAAGAACUCAAGAGGAAUCACUUUGCUGUCAGUAGUAGGAAAAUUGCUUGGAAGGAUCAUAAUCGAUCGCAUAAGAGAAGGAAUCGAUAUCAGGCUAAGGAAAGAACAGGCAGGAUAUAGAAAGGGAAGGAGCACGACGCAGCAGGUCUUUAUACUUAGGAACAUCAUAGAGCAAGUGAACGAGUGGCAGGCUACAUUAUAUUUGAACUUUAUAGAUUUUGAAAAAGCUUUUGACUCCAUCCAUCGUGAAAGCCGGUGGACCAUCAUGAGGAAAUAUAGGGUAUCAGACAAGAUCGUAAGCAUAGUACGGUUAUUUUAUGAAGAUUUCCAGUGUGCAGUGGAAAACCAAGGAGAGACAGGAGAAUGGUUUAACAUCAAGACAGGAGUAAAACAACAGUGCAAUAUGUCCGGAUUUAUCUUCUUGGUAAUUAUGGACUGGGUGAUAAGGAAAGCAGUUGGAAACGGCGAGAACGGCAUUAGAUGGAGCUUGACAACAAAAAUGGAGGAUUUAGAUUUCACAGAUGAUAUCUCCUUAUUCUCCUGA